AUGUACUUCCAAAGACUUCCGCUCGUCGGCUUCCUUACCACUGCACUGGGACUAAGCUGGAACACCUCAUCAUCAUCAGCCAGUUCACCAACAAUAACGUCGCCUACCCCCAACGAAUGCCCUACGGGGCCGGCGUUGCCAACCAACCCGCACCUGAGUAAUGGACUCGCAUUAACACCGCCUAUGGGGUGGAGCAGCUGGAAUCAGUUCGGCGAUCAAAUCGACGAAAUACUCAUAAGAGAUACCAUUCAGACAAUGGCAUCGAAUGGCCUCAAGGAUGCUGGUUAUGUCUUCGUUAACCUAGACGACGGUUGGCAGCGCUAUAAGGGCAACCGUUCUGCCAACCCACUUGAAGCAGACCCAGUCAAGUUCCCAAGCGGCAUCAAGGCGCUCGCCGAUUUCGCCCACGCACAUGGAUUUAAGCUGGGGAUUUAUUCUGGCCCCGGCCAGUCGACAUGUGCUGGCUACACCGGCAGCGAGGGCCAUGAAGAUGAGGAUGCGGCUAUGUUUGCAUCCUGGGGCAUUGAUCACUUGAAAUACGAUAGCUGUUGCUCGCACGAGCACGCCCCUAAGUCCGAGGUACAGAAAAUUGUAUUGAAGAUGUCAAAAGCUUUACUCGCCCAGUCACAUCCUAUUGUUUACCACGCUUGCCACUGUGGCUGGGCCGAUAUAUGGGAAUGGGCAGCGGACGAGGGUGCUAAUCAAUGGCGUAUUGGCCAAGAUAUCUCAGACGAAUUCAACUACCCUGGGAAUCGCGAGAAGUACUACUUCGAUGUGCUUGACAUGUUAGAUCGUGGCAACGAGCUCGUGAAAUAUUCUGGCCCAGGUCAUUGGAAUGAUUAUGAUAUGCUUAUUGUCGGCCUAAACGGCAAUAGUAGUCAGCUGGUUGGCACAGGAGCCUCUAACAUCGAGUACCGCACACAUUUUAGCAUGUGGGCCAUGGUAGCUUCACCAUUGCUAAUCGGUUCGGAUGUCCGUACGCUGGAUACCUACUCGCUCCAGACCCUUACGAAUAAGGAAGUUAUAGAAGUUAGCCAAGAUCCUCUUGGCAAUGCCGCCGAGACUGUGGGUGUGGGAGAGGAGGCUGGUGGCGACCUGCAAGUCUACGCCAAAGAGAUGUUGGAUGGUAGUUAUGCGGUUGCACUGCUUAACCGUGGUAGUUUCACAGCUGAGAUGAGUAUAAGCCCGCGUCGUGAUCUCACUAUGCCAUGGGACCAGUACCGGUUGCGCGACCUGUGGAAACACAAAGAGGGCACUUAUGAUGUCCCAUAUACGACUGAAGUCAUGCCGCAUGAGGCUAAGGUGUUGCGGCUGUGGCAAGUCCAGGCCAAUGCGUCUAUGUGCUUUUUUCAGUGA